AUGGAACGUUGGCUUAAAGGCGUUAAACGUGUUGCAACAACAUCUUCUAAUGACGCUGAAUGUUCAAAAGCAGUACGCGCGGAGAAUACAGCAAUUACCGGUUCAGAGGAUGAUGCCACGACGUCAAGCUCCACGGUUUCAAAGACGAAAAAAAGGAAGUAUGAUGAAUCAUAUAACAGUUUCGGAUUUGUUCAUUCCAACGGCUCACCUCUCUGCAUGUUAUGUAGUAAACUGCUUCCUAAUAGUUCCAUGGCACCUGCCAAAUUGCGCAGACAUUUAGAAACUGUACACCCCGCGUCUAAAGACCAUAAUAAAUAA